UUACAGAUGUGGUACACUUAUCUGUCAAACAGUUGUAUAAACACUGACAACUUCUAAAAAAAAAGUUAAUAAUUACUGUGAAAAUGACCGAAUAUUAUUGGGAUGAUAUAUGUUCGACGUUUUUUUCAGACUAAUAAUAUUUUUAUGUUCUGCAGUUUACUACUAGUUAUUGCAUUCUUAUUCGAAAGUAAAGUUCUCUACAACGCUUAUCAAAAACGUUUGCGUUUGAACGAAUAUAACCAAAUGAUCAACGAAAUGACUCAUAGUUUGCAGGUGAUAGAGAUGGUUUUUAAUAAAACAGAUAAUCUAAUGAAAGUUUUAAAAAAGUCUAUGAAAAAAAAAACCAAAAAUGUAAUUGUGCCUACCCAGGAUAAACUAGUUUGAUACAUAUUGAGAAUGAAUUUAGUUGGGAAUGGUAAAUUCUGCAAUAAUGAUUCCAGCUUCAUUUAUUGCCUGAAAAAAAAUAAAACAGAAAAAUAUGAGGAUAUUGUCCUUUUUUACUGUUGACUUGAUAACAAUUAUGCCUUUAAUUGUCUUUUCAUUGACACAUCUAGUCUGUAACUGCUAAAGAUUAAUGUUAUUUUUUUAUUGAAUAUUUUGUAUUCAUGUUCACAAUUAAAAAACUAACAAGUAUUCUGGUGAGAAGUGGUUCCUCAAUUAAUGAUGAUGGCUCAUAAACUACAUCUAUAAUUUUCAAUUAUCGAUUAAAUUGUGGUUCCAAAUUUAAUCAGUAGAUCCUGAUUUAUUGAUUUAUGAACACAUUUUGAGUAGCUACCUCGCAAUAGUGCUCUUCUGAAAAUAAUUCAGAUAAUAUUAGCUAGGAAUGUAUGAACUAAUUACUUUUAUAUUCAUGAAUGAAUUGAUUUGGAUAUACUUUUUAAGCUGUCUAAUAUAUCUAUAAAUAAUUCAAUUAGUUAAACUACAAAAAGACCAGGUUGAAUGGAAGUACAUGUAUCAUGAUGGUUAUCUACAAUUAUGAAAUUCAUUUUUAUUCCUAAUAUUGAAUUGCAAGAAAUCAACAAUUUAUUGAAUCAGAUAAAAAUAAUGAGAAUCCAUUAGAAGAAAGUUACCUAAAUAAAUAGUUAAAUAUACAUUGAUAGAAAUUGUAUAAUAAAUAUCAGGAGUUAAAAUAUCUGUGCAUUCUUGUGGAAAUUGGAGAGAAUUUGACAAUAACAGGGAGCUGUAAUCAAUGAAGAGUUGUUUAAUUUAUUACAGACCUUAGUUUACAACAAUAUUGAUAUCAUUAAAACCAUUUGGCCGACUAAAUUGUCAAAUAUAAUGCUUUUGAUUCAAACGACUAGGAACCAAGUUCAGUAAUUAAAUUCGAUGCUGUUGUCCAACGGUUAUAUAAAUCUAAAACGGAAUGUGAUAGAUUUGAAAAUCUCAAGGUUAGAAUAUCUUGGUUAAAUUUGUUAUUGAGCAAAAUCCAUUAUAUGAAAAAUUUUUACUUAAUUGAAAAAAAUACCCUACGGAUUGAACUGAAAUUUAUAAACUAACAUAACAUAAUUUGAGGCAUAGGAAACAACAACACUUUGGAUGCUCCUAUACAACAGGAUGUUCCUUAAUUAGAAGUACAAAGAAAAAUGAAACAUUCUUUGGAAAAUUUUAAGGAAAAAAAGACCUAUAAAUAUGGGCAAACGCUUUGUUUUCGAGAUAAAGGGUGUUAAGGUUUGAUUGUUCAAGUUUAUUUCUUAUGAAAUCUGCAUUUCAAAAGAUAUUUGAUUGGAAUCUGGCAUAGAUAUUCCAAUUUAACGUUUACAUCAUGUGAAUGUCAAUUUCAGUAGCAUAUCUAUAAAGGUUGAUAUUUUUUCUAGAACGAUGUCCGCUAUUUUCUCCAGAAUUUUUCUUGGUGGCUCACUGGUAAUUCAAAAAUAUGAAGAAUAACUUUCAUUUGGUACUAAACUUUCUGGUUUCUUGCAGUUUGUCGCAUCUGCUACCGGUUUCGAAAAAACAAUUACAAACAAUUCUCUCGUACUCGGGGCAAUCCGAAUCAUCAUUAAAAUCCAGUUGUAUAUAAAGCUACAAUGCCUUUCGGUGACUUGAUCAGGAGAGCUUCAACCUUUAUUCUGGGAUCGGAAGAGGAAAAAACAUCAUUGCACCAUUAUGAAGAUAACGAAAUACUUUUCUGCAAGAACAACGUGUGUGUUCAUCCUCCAGCCAUGAUCCGGAGAGAUACAGAUUUCCUACAUUAUCCAGGAUAUCUAACAGUAACAACAAAAAUUUUCGUUGAUCAGUACACAGAAACGAAGAGACCAACACUAUUCCUCACCUGGAUCCCAAACUCCAGUUUAUCCAAGUGUCCAAACACAGUACAAAAUACAUGUUCAUUAAAGAAUGGCUAUCAUAAAAGGAACAGUAUAGAGAGUUUGAGUUCAAACGAUUCUAGUGUUAGUUUUUUCGAAAGACAGAUAAGCUCAGACAUCAGGAAUACGAAUCCCUUUUUGAAUAGUUACGAUGAAAAAGCAGAUUCUAUCAGCGAAUCCUUGAGCUCCGAUGAAGGCGAUAAAUUAGGAACAAUAAUAAGUAUAAAUGUAGAGAUAGCUAAUCCUGACAUAGAGAUAAUAACUACCCCUGAAAGUAUCAAAGACAUAAAUGAACAUUUAGAAAAAUUCGAAUAUUCCAGAUCGGAAUCAAUGACAUCGAAUGAGAGUCAGUUUGGUAAUUGGAGUACUACACCUGAAUUCCUAGCCCAAAAACAUAAUUUGACAUUUCCUGAUAGCAGCAGUUCCUCCCCAAUUUUGUCUACCAAGCAGCCACACAAAAGCAGAAGAUUCAGUGUCGACUUGAGUCAGAUGAGGUCAUUAAGGUUAUUUUUCAACGACGAUGCUUGUACUUGUGGACAAUUAGUUGUUGCUUCAAGAGAAUCGCAAUAUAAAAUAUUGCAUUUUCAUCAUGGAGGUUUGGAUCAUUUGGCUCAAGUUCUACAUCAAUGGCAUUCACUCUUACAUACCAUAAAGCUUGCUAAUGGAUGCGAUGAAAAUUUGCCUUAUCGUCAUUUCAUGGUUUGUCGACCAGAAGUUUCCAAUUUAGAAUUGCACCCGGAAGAGGAUCAAGUUCCGAAAUUAACAGUUGAUCUUUUCCAAAAAAUAUUAACUGAACAUGGCCAACUGGAUGACGAUUUAUCGUUGAGGAAGUCUGUGUUUUUCGCUGGGAUGGAAAGAAGUCUGAGAAAACACGUGUGGCCGUUUUUAUUGCAUGUUUUUCCAUAUCAAAGUAGCUUCGACGAGAGAAAUCUCAUAAUGGACAUAAGACGUCAAGAGUACGAAGAAAUAACGAGAAGGAGACUGGACCUCAACGGAUAUCAAUUGAAUAAUUUCAGACGUAAUGUACAAAGUAUCGUAGAAAAAGAUGUAGUUCGAACAGAUAGGGGUAAUCCUUUUUUUGCUGGUGAUGAUAAUCCAAAUUUAGAAAUGAUGAAGAAUAUUUUAUUGAAUUAUUCAGUUUUCAAUCCCGGAAUGGGGUACACACAAGGUAUGAGUGACCUACUUGCUCCAGUUCUGUGCGAACUCAAAGAUGAGGUUUUGGCGUUUUGGUGUUUUGUUGGCCUUAUGCAAAGGGCUGUUUUUGUUGCCACCCCCACAGACAGGGAUAUGGAUAUCUGCCUGAGGUAUCUACGAGAACUGAUACGGGUAAUGAUUCCCAAAUUUUAUUCUCAUUUGGAGAAACACAAAAAUGCAAUGGAACUUCUUUUUUGUCACAGAUGGAUUCUUUUAUGUUUCAAGAGGGAGUUCACUGAAGGUGUGGCUAUCAGAAUGUGGGAAGCAUGCUGGGCGAACUAUUUAACAGAUUACUUUCACUUAUUUCUAUGCCUUGCUAUCAUUUGCGUGUAUGCUGAUGAUGUGAUAGCCCAAGAUUUGAGAGCUGAUGAAAUGCUCUUACAUUUCAGUUCGCUAGCGAUGUAUAUGGAUGGACCUUUAAUAAUAAGAAAAGCACGAGGUCUGCUGUACCAAUUCAGACAAUUACGAGAAAUACCGUGUACACUAGCAGGUCUUUGUACAAGAUGCGGUCCUGGUAUCUGGGAUAGCUCACACAGUCCUAGAAUAUACUGCGCAGGACACCACAAAGGAAUGGUUUGCACAAUAUGUAUCAGUUAGACUUUUUUCAUUCAUUUUUGUUGAAUCUACAUGAAAAUGUUAGAAGUAUCAAAAUAACCAAUAUUGGAUAGUACAGACUACGGAACGCACUUCCUUCUUAUAUUGUGAUAAAAAAAAUAGUUUGUAUCUAUACAAUUGUUAAUAAUUCCACAGCCUUCUAUAUCUUCAAAACUAUUUUCGAUUCUUUCGACACAUCAAAGUAGAUAGAAUAUAAUUAAAGAAGAACAUUCAUUAAUGAAUACUUGACUCUUUAUUUUAUGAAUUUAGAAUUGAUCUUAUAUCCAGUUUUUGUGGUUUGAAAAAACUACAGAAUAGAUAUUUAUUCUUAAUUGUUGUCUGAAAUAUUUUUCUUCGAGAACAUUUUCUUAAGAAGCAAUUUUAUCAAAAGUUUCAUAGUUUCUUUAUGUAUAAUAUCAUAAAAGAGAGAAUUUUUUUAUCGAUGUUUUCGAAUAAUAUGAAAAAAAUCCAGGAUUCGUAUUCUUUGACGAAUGCAGAUCUUUUGAAGCUUAUACGUAAUUUCAGUAUCUGCUUAUAUCCAUCAUUAUUAAUAACAAAAUAUCGCUGGAAACAUAUAACAAGUAUUGGUGUAUCAGCAAUGAAAAAAAAAAUUGUCUACCUUGUGGAGAUAUUGAUAUUGGAACUUGAUCUACUUAUAUUACAACGUAUUAUAUUUGAAGGUCACCCCCAUAGCGAAUAGGGACCCAAGCAAAUGUUCAGAAAAUCAAGACGACUUAUUUUGUCGAAACAAAUGAAAACAAAAAUUAUGCCGAAGAGCAACAAAUUGCAUCGCCUGAAAAUUUGGCAGAAAAAUUUUCUUUCGGAUGUUAUUUCACAAGAUCAAAUCAAAACAUCUAGGUCAUUCAACAACAAGGAAAAUUAUCUUUUUUCAUCAAAUAUCAUUUGUCCAAAUUUUGCCACUAAAAAACUAUAGAAAAUACACACAUAGAAUUAUGUGAAGAAUUACGAAAGACUUUUUAUAAUCUCCUUGUCCUGAAUUUAUGAUAUCUGGAUUUACCUACAUAUACGAAUUAACUGCGUAUAGGUACCAGUGAAUACCAUUAAAUUCCACAAAUUGAAAAUUUUCCUAGAGGUUGAAAAAAAUUGAAAUCAAUAACUCUAUUUUGUCGAAUUCUUCUCAGCCAAUUCCAGAUGAUUGCUUUGUUUCAUUUAAUCCCAUUCCAAACAAUUGGAUUUAUAUCCCAAGCGGUUCCAAUAUUUUAAAAGAUGUACUGCUCACGACGCCAUCUCUCGGACAUGUAAAGAGUCACUGCACUAUUCAUAAAUCUACUUGAACUAUUAUUGUUUGAAUUAUUUCCAAUAUCAAUAAUGUUCUCAGAGAAAAAUAUCAGGCAAUGGAAACGAAAUUUAAAUUGACAGAAAUUGGAUAAGGAGAUCCAUUAUUUGUAUAUUUUUUUGUCUUGGAACAGCCAUUGCAAGACGUUGAAUAUGAAGGGCACAUUUUUUACCAACUCAAAAAAAAAAACCUUAAUUGAAUUAUUAUGACGAUAAUUUCUCAUAAGGAUAUGAUUAUGCCCUAUCCCAAAUUAUGCCAAUUGAAACGGUUUAUUCUGAAUUCUGAUGAGUUACAAGAACCGAAAGUAAUGUUUUCUAAUAUUGUUUCAAUAAUUAUAAUUAUUCCAAGUUAAUUAUCAGAGAAUACUUAAUUAAGUCUCGAUUUCUACAAUCUACAUCAUAUCAAUAUGGAUAUUUUUUUUUCAUUGUUUCUGUUGAAUAUCAAGAUGAAGAUAUACUCCUACAUAAAUAAUUAUAUUAAAGUGUUGAUCAUUGUAAAAUAAAAGCUUGUACCAUUUUGUUGUAUGGAGUUCAACCUCGUACUUAAUGUUGUAAUUACCCGCCUAAAUUAUUUUAGAUUAAAGAUCUUUUCCUUGUUAUUCCCAUUAAUUUAUUUGUGAUUUUGUUUUGAAUAAUUUGUGAAAAUGUA